CUCUGCUUGCCUGCUCCUGAUUGCACUUGUCUCCAAUCUCGAUAUUGCCGGCGACCACACCCGCCCGUGAUCUUGGCCUGCACGUAGAUCCGGCGCCGUCUCCGCAUCGACCUUUCUCCCUGCCUCUGCCAUCCCAUCGAACCAAACGUGCUGGAUAGGGAGCUCGCCAUGAAGAGCUUGUCGCUUCUCGGGCUAUAUGUCCUCGGACUGUUACUUGCGCUCGUCGCUCUGUGCUGUGCGAGCGAUCAGGAUGCCAUUCCCCCCAGCGAUGCUGUCGGUCCCGUCCACGAUCAAGAUGUCGCCACUCGCCUGUAUCUUGCGGCCUUGGAGACACUUCGGCCUCUGGAGCCUCCUCCGCCAUCCGCUUCCUCAGGAACACACAAGGACUCAAAAGCCGCCAACGGCCUGCUUACGAGCAUCUAUACGAAGCCCGGCUACCACAGCGAUCGCUUGGGGCUGCUCCUACCUGAAGGAUUGACCGAUCCGCAGUCCAUCGACGACCUCGUUCGCGCUUCGGGGCUUCAAGAGCCCCUGGCCAGCAAACAGAGGGCCCUCCUCCAGCUUCAGUGGUCUGCUCGGUCUGGCAGCGCCGACGCAUGUCUCACCGUCGCCGACACUUAUCUGUAUGGAAAAUACGGCAUCAAGGCGAACUCCACGAUCGCAUAUCGGUACUACUCGCUUUUGGGCCAUCACUAUGGCAACGCAACUGGCCAGAGGAUGCUGGGACUGAUGCACGCCACGGGCAUGGGCCAACCUUCAUGGGCAAAGGAAAAGGAACGCUAUGCCAAGGCGCAACUGUAUAUGAGCUUUGCGGCCAUUGGAGGCGAUAAACUCGCAGACCAAGUGCUGGGCUACUGGCAUCUCAUCGGCGCUGGAACUCCAAAGAACUGCUCCGAGGCAGCCUGGUACUAUGAACGUGUUGCUGGUCGAGCCCUCGAGACCUUUUUGGACGGCCCGCCACUCGGUCGAACGCUGCCGCCGUAUAAGGACUUUAUCCCAGAGGGCGAGGGGGGCAUUUACGGCGUUGGGUCCAUGGACACUUUCGCAAAGAACUCUCACAGUUCGAGCGAAAAGGUCGAUGUCAUUCUUCAAUACUACAAGUACGAGGCAGACAACGACAACAUUGAGGCAAUGUUUCAUCUGGGUCAGAUCUACUAUGACGGUCAUGUGGUUACUCGAAGCUACCACACCGCAAUGCUUUACUUCAGCAAGGUCAUCAAGCAUUACAAGGCCGUGAUUGACACGUACAAGCGGAACGGCGUAUCCACCAAGGACCAGGAAAAAGCGAACCUGUCCAAAUUCGCAGCGGCAUCCGCCGGAUAUAUCGGGUUGAUGCACUGGCGCGGAGAGGGUGUCCCGCAAAGCGACAAAAACGCCCGCGCGUGGUUCGAGAAGGGGGCCACGCUCAAGUCCUCGCUGUGUCUCUAUGCCCUCGGCCUAAUGAAGCGCGAUGGCCUCGCAGGAUUUGAAAAGGAUCUCGAAGAGGCCAAGAAGCUGCUGACCGAAGCCGCAAAGGAAAACAGUGGCGCACAGUACGAAGUCGGAGCGCUUGCCAUGGCCGAAGACAACCAUGUCAGUGCUUUUACAUACCUAAGCCUGUCCGCUAAGAAGGAGAAUCUCCGGGCAUUUUUCCAGCUUGGUCGGAUGUACAACCGAGGGCUUGGCGUCCCCGCCGCAGACUGCCAGCUCGGAGUCGGGUACCACAAGCUGCUCUCCGAGCGGGCCGACUGGGAAACCCCGAUUGUCUACGAGGCAUACCAGCGCUACGAAGUGGGCGAUAUUGAAGGUGCUCUAUCGCGGUACCUGAUUGCCGCCGAACUGGGAUAUGAGGCUGCCCAGGUGAAUGCUGCGUGGAUAAUUGACCGAGGGAUCUAUGAGUUUGAAGACUCGGGCCUCUUCCCCGCCGAUGCGGAUCCCUGGAAAGUGGGUCUGGUGCUGUGGAGUCGAGCCGCCAACCAUCCGGCUCAGUAUAAUAGCCCAGCUCGUGUCAAAGCUGGUGAUUACUACUACCUGGGCCUCGGCACCGACACCGACGUCAGGCCACAGCCUCAGCGGAAGAGUACACAUGAAGAGCCCCCUGCCGACGAGACUUCCACCAAGAAGCAAAUUGAGCCAGCCUCCGAGGACAGCGCGGCAGAUGACGACUCCAACAAGCCUCGUGCCCGCGACGCCGCUUCCAAGAUCGACCUAUUGGAUCGCUUCGAGGGGCAGUUCCUGGAUCUUCUCGCGUCGUGGUAUCGCUACCUGGUGACCAAGCCGAUGUGGAUGAACAAGCGCGGACGGCCCGACUACCAACGAGCGGCGCUGUACUAUCAAGUGGCCGCCGACAUCGAGGCCAGUUCUGUCGCGAUGUUCAAUCUGGGCCGGAUGUACGAGUGCGGCAUCGGCGUUGAGAAGGACUAUCAUCUUGCCAAGCGAUACUACGACCGUGCAAUGGAUACCAACCCGCAUGCGUACCUCCCUGCCACUCUGGCGCUGAUGAAGCUCCGGCUCAAGAUGCUGUGGGCGGCCUUCUUCGACCCCACCAUGGUUGAGCGUCCUCGCGAGCCCGAGGCCCCGCCGGUGCAAGAGGUGGCUCCCAAAGUCGAGAUCUUUGACUUUGACCUGGGCGACGGAGCCGUCGACGACAAUGAGCAGGGCCACGCCGGAUUUUCCUUUGUCGUUGACGCCGAGUCGCUGAUCUUGAUGGCGUUGUCGGCGGUGGCGGCAUUCCUGUUCUACUACCGAGCGGUUCUCGGUCUGCGUGCUAUCGACCAGGCACGCAGACCUCCACAGGGCCAAUAGAGGCGAGGGCCAGAGUCCUCCGAUGCCACGAUCCUGGCUAGUGCGGAGGUGACUGUGGGCUGUGGGAACGCUCGAUGAGCCCAAUGAUCUGACUUUGUGGUGAUGCGCCAAGUACACAACACGACCAUCUGAUGAUGUGAUUUCUGGAUGUGACGGUUGCAGAUGCGAUGGUUUCAGAUGUGGCCGUUCCGGAUCUGACCUUUGCGGAUG